UCAGCUGUUUUUGACACAAGACAGGUCAAUGACCCCUCAUUUGUAAAUGUGUCCUUGUUUUCAAGUGCCUUUAAUCUCCUUUUAUAACAGACGCAAUAAAGUUUAAUAAACACCUCUGCUCACCUCACCAACAUGGAAUAUUUAUCAGAGCCCCUCAAAGAGCGUACCCUCGGUGACGGCAUUGACAACUCAAUUCUCAAACUUACGGAAGCCGCUCUGAGUCAGAAAAUCCCAAAAAUGAAUCUCCAAUUAAAUAAUCCAAUUACUUUUAAACCAAUAGAACCCAAACACCAGAUCUACAAUUUAAAACCUGUGUAUGUGAGUAAAGAAAGAAAGCAGCCGAAGUGGCUCAUCAGGAAACCUAAAGAACCCAAAUUUGUACCAUAUGAGCCUUAUAAGGGGGCUGUGGAGCCGAUUAUCGCUCACAAACCUGAAAUUGUUAAAGCAAAACCCUCAAGAAAUAAUGUAGAAAUUCAGGAUUUGGUAAAGCAGAUGACGGAUUUACGGUGCGCUGAGUUGAGUAAAGCUAAUAAGGAGGCGGUGCAAAACGAGGAGUUUAUCCCGAGGAGAAAAUGGGAAGAGGAGAAGAGUGCCUAUGAAACUGAUAUUAAAAAUUUGAGAGAGACUAACUCGCUUUUAGAGAACCAAAUCAAGUUUCAAACCCAGGUGAAUAGUGAAUUAAAAACAUUGCUAGUGGCCGCAGUUGGCGAAGAUUUGGAAAGUCGAGUCCAACACUUAACUGAGGACAAGUUGCAACUAGCAAGAGCUUUGCUCAACUCUGCAAACCAUUUGACGUCACAUCAGGAGCAAACUGAGUGGUUGUCGGGGCAGUGCGAGGUUUGGAGGAGCAAAUUUCUGGCUUCAAGUCUAAUGGUUGAAGAGUUGGCCCGAUGGAAGUCUGCUCUUUCAAACCGCAUUAACGAGUUACAAGAGGUCUCUAAAACACUCCUUGAUGAGAGAUACCGAGUUCAGAAAAAACUAAUGAAGAGUUGUGUUAUUUUGCACGGGGUUGAAUCACGCCUCUGUGAAUCUCCCAAACCGCGAGAAACUCCCAAAACUUCAAGUAUAGUCGAUUUGAGUCACGUUAUUUGUGACCUUAGUCAAGAAAUUAGCAAUUUAGUUACUAGUGGUAAGGAGAAAAGUGACGAUUUGUCUGGGAUUUACUCAAGUUUAGGUCAAUAUACUCCAGCUGAGAGAAAUGCAAUGAAGUUGCUACAAAAUCCAGUCACGAUCUCAAAUAAACAGGAUGCGAUUUGUAACGCUUUAAUGGGGACUGCAAUGUCUUUAAGUGGUGAACAGGUAUAUCUCAAACAUCCCUCCAAUCAGGCAAGCUGUUGUCCACAUUGUACUGGAGAAAUUAAGAAUAUUUGAUAUUAAGUUUUAAUUUUUUUUUUAAUUUUUUAUACAAUAAUAAAUAAUUGUUUGCUA